GCCUGGCUGCGGAGGGUCUGUUCGCGCUUGCGGUGGCCACCUCGGGGUCUGCCGGGGCUUCAGGCGUUCGUGGUCCUCCGGGAGUGUGUGAGAAGCCCUGUCGACGGACCGUCAGUCCUUGCGUCAUUGUAUAAUACUGUUGAUGGGCCAAGGAAGUGGGCGUCAAGAAAGAAGCAAAAAACUGGAGCUGACAACAAGUGAGACCAUGAAGGCAGAAGCACAUGUACAAAGUGAUAAAGAGGAAACUGAAGAGACAAAGACCAGAGACCAGAGGCUGAGAUUGGUCAUCGGCAUGGCAGACUUGAAAAAUAAAGCUAUUGGACUGUACAAUAUUGGGCAGACCUGCUGUCUGAACUCUCUGCUCCAAGUGUUCCUCAUGAAUACACACUUCACUGGGAUACUGCGAAGGAUCACAGUGCCACCAAGUGACUCACAGAAGAGGAGGAGUGUCCCAUACCAAAUGCUCUUGUUGCUGGAGCAGAUGCAGCAUGGCAAGCAGAAAGCUGUUUAUCCCCGUGCCCUUGCUUACUGUCUUUUAGAACACAGGAUGAAAUUGUUUGUGCAGUAUGAUGCUGCUCAGCUCUUUCUGACUCUCUGGAACUUGGUAAAGAAGCAGAUGAGAAACCCAGAGCUGACUGAAAAGCUGAGUGAUCUGUACACUAUCUGGGUACAGGAGUACAUGGUAUGUCAGGAAUGCUCUUUUGAAACAAAGAGAAACAGCAACAUGAUAACCCUUCCACUCUCAAUGUUGGAUUCCAGUUCGCACCUGCUGAAGACGUUGGAGGACUGUCUGCAAUACUUUUUCUAUCCAGAAGAGCUGACUGGUCACAACAUGUGUUUCUGUGAACACUGUGGAAAGAAAACGCCUUUUCUGCAGAGCAUGAAGUUAGCCCAUCUGCCACAGACCUUGAUCUUACACCUAAAGCGCUUCUGCUUCAGAAAAUCGGCCUCCAUCCACAAGCUUUGUCACUAUCUGCCCUUCCCACAAGACCUCGAUUUCAAUGCGGUUUUGACAACAGAGCAGUGUCAAGCAGAUGCCAGUGAAAAGGCUGCCUGGCAGUAUGAGCUCUUUGCUGUUGUUGCUCAUUCAGGAUCAACUGAUUGUGGACACUACUGUGCCUAUAUUCGGAGUCUCACAGAACACAAAUGGUAUUGCUUUGAUGAUUCCGAGGUCUGCCAGGUAUUGUGGGAUGAUGUGAGAUGCACGUAUGGACAUUCAGACCUCCACUGGGGACAAACGGCCUAUCUCUUGGUUUACAUGAGAAAAAAUCACCAGUAGCCUUAUCCAGGACUAUCAGAGUGUCUUAGGAAGCUGUGCCUACUGCCCUGACUUGUCUGUGAACCUUAACACCUCCAUGCCACUGUUGAUGUGCACAGAUGUUCCACGAGAGAGACCUGCACUCAAUCAGCAACCUCUACCUUCACUUUUAUUUAUGAAAAGUGCAGGAGAGACUCAGCUAGAGAAGGGAUGUAAGCAUUGCUUAAUCUAGGAAUGUUUUCUUUCAUGGCAUAUGAUUAUUUAUUUACUGUAUCCUGGAUAUUUGUGUGAUUCUGUAUGUGACUUUCCUUUUAAAACAUAGUGAAGUCAGUCGUUGUCCCUGCAGACUUACUAGUUUCUUUCACUGCUGAUGCCUACGUUCCAGUACAGGGGAAGUUCUUGGCUGGGAAGCCUGUGUUCCCAAGGCAAGAGCAUGCAGCUGAAGGAAAAAUGCAGAAAGACCUGGGAAGGAUGGUUGGUAACGUGACAAUCAGAAGAACAACAUUCUAAAAUCUCAUCACAAGAUUUAUUUGUGAGGGAAGUUUAAAAGUUUGGUUAUGAUGCUUUUAAAGCAUUCAUUAUGCAAGUGUUGACGUACUGCCUUCUGUGAGAGAGUCAGUGAUUCCAAUAACGUGAUAUCUAAAAAUACCUUCUAGCCUUGUAAUGUUCUUUGAUGCUGUCUUUACAAGGGUGCUAUUUCUGUGGGACCAAAUACAUUUAAAAAAUACCAAAUUAAUAAUAAUAGUGUCUAUGUGUAAUCUCAUUUACUUUUACGAUGACUAUGAACUUCCCAAAUCAUGUCUGCUUUCUGUUGUUAGGUGGAAAGUCGUUGGAGAGUGCUUAAAGCAUGCCUGUGAAAUUAAAUUAUUAUGAACUAGGAGGUAUUUAUUUCACUGUAUUAUCAAGGACCGUUAUUCUCUCUGACUUGUAUGCCCUUGUAUUUUUACUGUUUGUUCUGCUGAAAAAAAUCCCAAUUUAUGGCUUGUGACCAGGAUGAGGAGUUUUAAGCCUAUUCGCUUUGAGGAAUGCUUUACACACUUUUAAAGCACUUUGCAGUCAGUGAGUAAGAAAAGCAAGUUCCCAUGCGCUUUUAUCCAGCGUUCUGUAUAUGUGAACUAGCUGAAGGACUGUGCACUGACAGAAAUUGAGAAGUUAAUAGGUUAAGAGACUGACAAAACACUUCUGAUUUGCUAUACUCUGAAUUUUAAAAAUAAGCUUUCAUCUUUAGAAGAAAAAGCCUUGAAUGUGUUAUAACCUUUUAAGCAUAUCACCCUGUAAGGAAGCAUUUGUUGACAUACGUUAAGAAUCUUUUCAGUCAAUGCUUGUGUGGGGAAAAAAACCAAGCUUUUAUUCUUUGAAUAAAAUAGUAUGGGACAAAUUACCUUGAAAAUAAGCCUUUUGGAUUGUUUUGUUUUAGUUUUCCCAAACAGCAAAACUGCCCAGUUAGGGCCUGUCAGAGCCUAGUGAUGAGGAGCUCGUCUGACCUCUAGUGACAGCAGAGUUCAAUUACUGAAUGUUUCUGUGAGCCUAGUGUUUUCUGGUGCACUACAAGUUGUGGGUGGGUUAAGUCCCAGACAUGAUCUAGCCAAAAGCAUGCCCAAAACUUACAGCCAGAAUUUUGGAAGACCCAGUGAUGCAUUUCUAUACAGGGCUCCUCAGUGACAUGUUCAGUAUUAGGUGUUGGAGCAUCUGAGGGAGAAUAGAGAUGCUGUAAGAGUAAUGGGAAAACACAUGCUAUGAAAUGUGUCUACGGCUGGCUUUCUAACUGUUUGUUAUUCUUCUCUGAAUUGAAUUUCAAAAAAAUCUUUGAGUAUUUUAUAUAUUAUCUUUAAAUGUGUAAGUUGGUUAACGUUAAAUCAUAACACUCCCAGACUUUUAGGCAAGAAUUCUGUCAUGAAGCAGUAAUGCUCUUUUUGACAGUAGCUUGGUACAGUACAGUUUUAAUCUGAGAAGUGUAGACAGGAAUUAAACUUUGCAAAGGUACUAAUUGCAGUAGCUUGGUUGCUUAGAAGCAGUGGUCACUUUUAAGUUAAUGUGUGAGUAAUUGGUCUAGGGGCUUCUGCAGAGCACAGAGAGGAGUUGCUGGGUGGCGCAGUUCAGGAUAAUGAUGCCAGGUUCUUGGUUUGAGACUAUGCCCACUUUGAUAAUGCCAGCUUAAAGAGCUCUCCCCUCCCUCUCUGUCCAUCUCUGCAUUGCAAUGUGCCACCACUUCCCGUAUCUGUGCCCACACAAAUGUUUUUGGAUCUUUGCUAUUAUCACAAUGAUGGGACCAAUUAAAGCCUCCUUGCCAAAGUAGGUUUUCUGUUUUGCUUUUUAACAGCUAAUCCAUCAAUUCAGACUGAGAUAGCUGUAACUUAUUUCAGUAUAAACCCUCUGUGGACGUUCCUAGCCCAACAUAAAAAUACUUUGUGUUACUCAGUUCUUUUGGUUUCUAUGCCGCUUUCAUGUUCUUAACCUUAAGGAAUAAAGCUCAUUUUCUAUUAUGGAAAACUCAUUUAGAUUUUGAUACAGAACGAUCAUCUUUAUAAUGUUUACAUCAAUCUCUAGGUUCAUAAAGUAGAUGUGUUGCUCAUCUGAAGUUGACGAGCUGGAUGAAACUUGUUUGCA